UCGCACAUGCGUGCUCGCAUUUCCCGCUGUUACUGGGCUAAACCGGGGAGAGACGUAUUCUGUGUCCUGGGGAAAAAUUUGCCUGUAGAAAUCAAGUAUUUAUAAUGUUUUUCUGAACAGAGGCGCUCUGUCACGUGUAAUAAGUCGUUGUAAGUGUACUAGCAAUAAUGCUGCGUGUCUGUAGGAAAGCGGCUGGUGCAGCAGCUCAGAAGUGCCUGCAUGGCACUGUGCCCCUCUGCUCCCGGCAGCCCUGUCGCCUCUAUGCUACAGCGGGAAGCUCAGGGGCUUCUGCAGGCAAGAUCGUGGGAACUGGUCUCCUGUUUUUAGGUGGUGGUGUUGGCGGAACCAUCCUAUACGCCAAAUGGGACCCCAAGUUCAGAGCGAACAUCGAGAAGUCUGUCCCCUAUUCAGACCAGGUGUUCCAAAUGACUCUGGGUCCAUCCACAUAUUCACCACCAUUGCCAAAGAAACCGGUAUCCACAGAACCCCUGAAGAUCUCCUCAGUCUCUGAAACGAGCAAGGACUCGAAGCAGCCCAAGGUGAAGGCCAAGGCGACAGAGCCCCCAGCAGUGCAGGAGCCGCCCCCCACUGUCCCACAGACCCUGGAGGAGGCCUCUACGGAGGCGGCUCACAUCAUUUCGGCCAUCAGCGAGGUGCCCUCUGUGCCCGCGCCAGGCACCCACCACGCUGAGGCAGAGCCCCGCCCUGAUGCCCCGGCCGAGCCCCCUGCAGGAGCGGAGUGUACAGAGUGCGCCCAUGAAAACUCGCAUGCAGUCAAGGAGCGCCCCCCAGAGGAAGUGGCUGCCAGACUCACCCAGCAGGAGCAGGCUGAGAAGGCUCUCCUGGCCUCUCUGACAGCCGGCUUGGAGGAGGCGCUGAGCCGCACGGCCAAUGUGACCCUGCGUGCCAUCGAGGCCCAGAAUGCUGCUGUCCACACCAUCUCCGUACACACACAGAAGCUGAAGGAAGCCAUGGACGACUCCGAGGUGACAUCGGAGGAGAAGUCUUCUCAGUGGCGGGUGCUCGAGGACGCCAUGCAAGAGCGCAGCAAGGCCGUAGACCUUGCCUCCGACACCCUCCUCAAAGCCAGGUAGCCGGGGUGAAGAUUAAUGAUAAAUAAACGGCCCUAUUCACAUACUAUCACAGACAGACCUGGCCUGGAUGCCUGCAGUGACUCGUUUCUCAGGAUGCCUGCAGUGACUCCUUCGGUCUUGUCGCCGCAGGUGCAGUCAGCCCAGACGGAGGCGAAAAUUGUGUCCCAGUACAGCGAGCUGGUGGGCGAAGCGAAGAAGCAGUUUCAGAAGGAGCUGAGCAGCAUCACGCCCGAUGUCCAGGCAGGCUGGAAGGGCCUCACAGGCAAGCUGACCCCGGAUGACCUGAAUUCACUGAUAGCCCACGCGCAUCGGCGCAUCGACCAGCUGAACCACGAGCUGGCUGAGCAGCGAGUCCGUGAGCAGCUCCACAUCGAGGCUGCGCUCAAGCAGCAGCGCCAGGACGACAAGAAGGCGCUGGACAAGGCCGUGGCCACAGCACUGGAGCGCCACCAUGAGGAGCUGCACCUUGAGCAGAACAGGAAGGUGGAGGAGGUCCGGGAGGUGAUGGAGGCGGAGAUGCGCACGCAGCUGCGCAGGCAGGCUGCCGCGCACACGGACCACCUGCGUGACGUGCUGAAGGUGCAGGAGCUGGAGCUCCGGGCCGAGGCCCAGGAGACACUGACCAGAAAAAUCAUGGCGCAAGAGACUGAGUUCCGGCGGGCCAACCAGGACCAGCUGGACCAGUUCACCAUGGACAUGAACGAGGCCUAUGCCAGGCUGAAGGGUCUGGAGGACGCCAUUGACAGCCAUGCCACGGCAGAGGAGCAGGCCCGGAAAGCCCACCAGCUGUGGCUGUCCGUAGAGGCUCUGAACUACACCCUGAAGACGGCGGGGGCCGACACCCCCACAGAGCCCCUGGAGGGCGCGGUAAAGGCCGUGCGGGACAGCUGCAGUGAGAACGAGUUUGCCCAGGUGCUGACCACGGCGCUGCCCUCCGAGUCGCUGCAGCGCGGCGUGUUCAGCGAGGCCUCCCUGCGCGCGCGUUUCUACAGCAUCCGCAAGCUGGUGCGCCGCGUCGCCAUGAUCGACGAGACGCGCAACAGCCUGUACCAGUACUUCCUGUCCUACCUGCAGUCACUCCUGCUCUUCGAGCAAGAGCAGCUGCCCCCCCCGGACAAGCUGACCCCCGCCGACCUGGAUACCUUCAGACUGCUCUCGUAUGCCACCUACUGCAUCGAGCGCGGUGACCUGGAGCUGGCAGCCAAGUUCAUGAACCAGCUGACGGGCGAGCCUCGCAGGGUGGCACGGGACUGGCUGACGGAGGCACGGCUGACGCUGGAGACGCGGCAGAUCGUCAGCCUGCUGUCAGCGUAUGCGAACGCGGUGGGGCUGGGCACCAGCCAGGCCCAGUAGGCCGGCAGCACCACACGCGUAACACCAGAGCCUUUAUCUCAGUCCAUCGCGGCUCAGCGCCUCUACACCUGUACGUUUCACAGUUAUUAAUGAGGAUGGUUAUACGGGGCUGUCAGAUGGGAUGCACUUUUAGUAAGAAGGUCCGUUCCAUUUGUCCCCUUGGCCAUCCUAUGCCCGCUGGGGAACACGGAACAACCCCACCCCAAAAUUGGCAGCCGUAAUUGUGCCGUGUUCACAAACGUGCCCCGAUUCCCCCACAUUUUAAGUGCAACCAGUAUCAUGUCAUGGUUCAUAACACACACUUGGUUUGCUAUACUAUCACCGCUUCAUUUUCGUUUUAAUUUAAUACCGGAUGUUUCCAUGCGCUGGCUGUUUGUUGACCAGGCGUUAUGUUCAUUGUCAGUACAGCUUCAUAUGAAUAAAUCCUGGAAAAUCCUCAGCAUUCACUUGGUUUCCUUAUUGAUCUGAGGUGACCUACAGUGAAGGUACCAUGUUUUCUGUCAUUCUUUAAGUCUUUGUAAAACUACUUGUUACUCAUUUUAAAUGACAACACUUUUCAACAAAAUGACAUCGCUUGUCCAAAGGUGUGCAUGUGUAAAAUACUUGCAAUCAGUUUUAUAUUAUAGUGGGUUAUACUUGCAGUUAUAUAGUAUUAUAAAAAAUAUGCAAAUAUGUUUGAUAUGUUGAAAUUUCCCUGUAAUAUUGGAUGAUGAUAGGAAAUCCACUGCUCCUUUAUGUGCCCCUGAGCUCUCCGCUGCAGUGUUGGUGCUGAUCGCACGCCAUACAUUCACGUAGCCAGUCGUACUUCAUCCAGCAGGACUGCGUAUCUUCUUGGGAGGUGUCACUUUGUACUGACUCCCCCCCCGCUGACCAUGUACACUGCUGUGGACAAGAGCGCAAGGCAUGUAAAUAAAGCAAAAGCAGAAUGGA